CCUGUGCUCUCAUCUAGUUACCUCGGUUCUCCUCCAGUAUUUGGGGCCCUAGUCAGACUAAGGAAGCUGGCCCUUGGAGGUCCUUCUCUGAAGGAGCUCCGGAGAGGAGAUCUGUCUGGAGUCACCCAGCUGGAGGAGUUAACUGUUCAUGCAAACAACCUGACCAGCUAUGACGCUGGUACAUUAGCACACAUUUGGCCGCUAGGUCAUGUCACCUUGAGUCUCCAUGGUCCUUUUCUAACAAAUGUGACCUUGGCUGGGUCUAUGAUUGAUGAUGUGUCAUAUCCUGAGACACCCAUCAUUCUGAAAGACAUCAAUUUGAAUGGAGUUCAGUCUGUUCAGCCCUUUAGUAAGGCAGCCAAAAGGAGGAUCAGGUAUUUGACCCUACAUAAUGUUUCUGUGUCUGACGAGGCUAUUGUUGACUUCCUGGUGGUAUUAGAUGGAGUUCCACUGACCAAACUUACCAUAGAAGAUGUCACACUGAUGGGCGAAGGCUGGUGGGGGAAAGCUAGCCAAACUGAUCACAGAAGCAUAGAUGAGUUCUACAUCCGUAACCUUGUAAUUCUGGAUGUCUACAAAUUUACCUCACUUCUACAAUUGGGUUUUCUGCUGGAGUAUCCAAGAAGGGUGUCUGUCAUAAACGCCAAG